CCACGUACGCCUUAAAGGCCCUGAGUGGAGGCUGAGGAGUCACAUUCAGCUUGGACUGAAGGACCGACAAGCCGCAGUCACCACCGUGUUGUUCUUGGAACACAAUCAUGAAGUUGCUUCAGGAUUCAGAGGACGCAAAGGCCAAAAGGAAGACUCUCAAACCUCAGGUGGAGAGGCGUCGAAGAGAGAGAAUAAACCGCAGCCUGGAGAGCCUGAAGACCCUUUUGCUGCAGCGACAGGAAGCGACUCAGCGCCGAGUGGAGAAGGCUGAGAUACUCGAGCACACGGUCCUCUUCCUACAAAACACUGCGACGGGAGACAAGACGGGGGCUGAAGGUGGUGGUGGAGAGCAGAAACACUCCUUCCAAGACGGAUUCAGCACCUGCCUGCAGAGAGCUGCUCAGUUCCUGGGACCGGAGGGGAAGGGCCUGUGGCUUGGAGCGGCACUGGACGCAUCUUGUGCCGCUCGCUUUUCCCGUCUAAACUGCGAUUCUGCAGGCGUCUGGAGGAGAACUGAAGCUCCUUCCUCCUCCAGCUCUCUGCUUCUCAGAAAGUCCUCCAGGUCCAUUCUCCAGUUGUUGAUAGAGAGGUCCAGACACAGACUGUGCACGCCUUCCCCCCCUGUUGUCACUUGUGCUCAGAACCAUGGAGAGUCACAUCGUUGUCCCACAAGUCGCCAGCAGCCGCACAAAGAGGCGAGUCGGGGGAGCAAACGGAGUCCGUCUGAGAGCCAGCCGGUCAGCCAGUCUCUGUGGAGACCCUGGCCCUGAUCUCCAGAAACCGACUGAACUUCUAAUGACUCUAACAUGCUGGUUAUUAUUUAUACAGCAGCAUGUGCUCAUCUGACUUUCUACAAGGACGUUUUCAGUGCAAUGUUUUGAUCACGGGCCUCCUGCUUGCUGUCCAGUCUGAUAUUUUUCAGAUAUUGUACAUUUUCUACGAUCUGCUGCUACAGCCUUUACGGGCCAACGCGUGUUAAUUGUAUCAUUUAUGAUGUAUUUUUGCACCUUAAUUUAUUUUUUCAUUUGUAAAUAAACUAAAGGGGAAAAAAAUCACAAA